CACAAAACUAAGGUGAAGGCUGUGUGUGUUCUCAUUCUCCUGUGCAUUCCCCUCGCCAUGAUGGACAUUCCUGGACCCUGUAAACAUUCUGUAACCAAAGACCACCUAUUGCAGAUAAGACAUCUGAUCAGUAACCAGCUCCAGAAGGGAUGCUCAAUAACCUAUGCCUUUAUUGAACGGAGAAAUUUGAGUGAUGUGUGUUAUGUGAAGGCAGCUUUGCCCCAUGUGCUGGAGCUGCUCCAGGUUCAGUUUCAGUAUGCUAGGGGUUCAGACAGUGCUCUGAUGGUGCUGUCUCUGCAGAGGUUAAUUCUCAACAUCUACUCCCAGCACUGUGUGCCUGACCUCAAUGAGGAACUGGAGGAAGACCCUGUUGCAUUUGAGAGACAGUACGUGAGUUCUCCAGUGCGAGCGCUGCGGAGAGUAGAGGAAGUGCUGUCUCUCUAUCUACAACUCAUCACACAAACACACACUCCAUUGGACUGGAACUGCGAGAAAGAAUACAGCAGUCAAACUCCUGGCGUCCCAACACACAGACCCAGCAGCACAGAGCAGGCAGCAGGGCUGCUAGGACAGGACCCUCAGAGAGCGCCCAGUGAGAAGGCCUACAGGCUGGGUCUGAUCAUUCUGGCCGUCUGUGGAGCCCUGUUCCUCAUCAUUAUUGUUCUCUGCUUUCUAGAGAGGAAGGCGUAA